UUUUUGAAGAUUUUACAAAGGUAUAAACAUACGAUGACAAAAUGACUGAUAAUAAGAACGAAAAAGCAGAAGUUGAACAAUCCUAUUUCGAUACAUCAACAAAUGAUCAAACAAAUAACGUUCAAUGUGAAAAACAUGAACAUAUACAAAUCACCGAGGAAACCAGCGACGAUUCUCUCAAUCUCGGACAAAUUAUCAAAGAGACGGGAGAUUUCGGACGCUUUCAAGCGCUUUCGUUUGCAUACACGUCUAUUGUUAUAGUUACUUUAACAUGGAGCAUGCUAACUAUGGUAUUCACGGCCACUAUACCGGACUGGAAUUGCAUCAUUACCGACGGUUCUGGCAAUUUUACGUCAGAAUCAAAACAAUGUAGCGUCAACGGAAGCGGAUGUGACGCAUUUACAUUUGAGCAAGACAUGAGUACAGCAGUCAGUCAGUGGACGCUAGUUUGUGACAAAAAGUGGGUAUCUCAAACCAUUACAACUAUUCAGAUGACAGGAUUACUGGUUGGAGGUCUGUUGUGGGGCCAUAUAUCGGAUGGUAUCGGGAGAAAACCAACAUUUUUCUUUAAUCUAGCCCUUCUUGGUGUUUGCAACCUCGUUUCGGUAUUUUCCGUAAAUUGGGAAAUGUUUGCAGCAAUGAGAUUCGUUAUUGGAUUUGGAUGUACUGGCUUUAUGUCAGCAUCGUUAACUUUCGAAUUCAUCCGAAAUAAAUGGCGCGUGUAUUUGAUUCUGGUUCCAAGCUGGGCGUUUUGGGCUUCGAUGAUGGCAGUGUUUUGUUGGAGAGUACCAGAUUGGAGGUUUAUACAUGUUGCGGUAGCUUGUGUUACAUUACCUGGUCUUCUUGGAUGGUUUCUUCUUCCAGAAAGUUUCAGAUGGCUAGUAUCACACGGGCGCCUAGAGGAGGCUGAAAAUUCUAUAAAAUAUGUAGCUAAAAUUAACGGCAAACCACCGCCAGAUCUGACAAAAUUGAGGGCAGUUAUAGAGAAAGAACAACAACUAGCAAAGGAAACUAAAGCUCUGCAAGUGUAUACAGUAUUGGACUUGUUCAAGACGAGCAGGAUUAGGAAAACGGCAAUAUUGUUUGCGUUGAUCUGGUUGUUUUCGUCAUACAGUUACUAUGGUAUUGCAUUCGGUGUACAAGAGUUGGCCGGCAGUCUAUACCUGAACAUGUUCCUUGUCAGUAUUGUCGACAUACCGGGCUAUAUUCUUGUUGUCAUUUUUAACACAUGCGGAGGACGAAAAUGGACAUGUGUUGGCUUUUACCUUUUAGGGGGAAUAUUUGCAGUAGUUGUCGGAGUGUUUCAAUAUAUAAACUUUUCAAUCUCUGGAAGUGCCUUAAAUAGUUUAGCACUUGCGGCAAAGCUUUGUGUCAGUGCAGCCUGGGAAAUUAACACACUCUGGUCAAGUGAAUCAUUUCCAACUGUUGUAAGAAAUAUCGGCGGGGGUUUUAUAAGUUCAGUAUCUAGGAUAGGCUCCAUGGUUGCUCCACAAAUAAUAUCCUUGAGUGUAGACAGACCAGGGCUUCUGUAUUUGGUAUGUGGCGUCGUAUGUGUAUUGUCGUCUGCUAUGUGUGCUCUUCUUGAGGAGACAAAAAACAAAGAUCUGAGUGACAUGUUACCACAGAAAACAAACAAAGUUGCCGACGGUGGCGUCUACAUCGAGAAAACCCUGUUAAACAUUGAGUCGAUAAAGGAUAAUUAAAGCAAAAGAAUGUGAACUUACCUGGCCCUGGUGCGUCCCUUAUAUGUACAAGAGAAGACGUCCGGGUCAUCAAAGAUGUCAUUAUACUAAUAUAUACUAAUAUGUAAACAGAACAUUUAGUCUAGAUACUAUUACAGAACAGAACAGACAUUUUAUUUUAGACUUGAACAUAGUACAUUUCCACAGAUAAACAAAAUAGUUAUCUCGUCACGUGGUUAUAAUAACACAAAAUAUAAUAUGAUACUCAUUUAAGUAAUAGAAAAUACAUUUGUUUACAAAGAUAAUGUUAAGAUAUGCUAUUAGAAACAUAACUGUAGUAGACAUCCUACUGGCAACCUCACAGGAUAUUGUAUACCAUAUUUUACCCAGUGAGUCUAACUAUCCCUCUCUCCCGAUAAGGGCGAAGGAUAGAUGUUAACCAGCAGCAAAACUAUAUACAUGUAUUUACUUAUAGAGCGAGAAAUUAGUGAAUUACCUGAAGAUUAUAUUAAGUAGUUCUCAAAAAAAAAUUUCUAGAAAUAGAAAUACAAGAAUAGAUAUAUCAUCAAAACAGAAUAUUCUGUUAAUGCAAUUAUUUAAUUCUAGACUAAAUGAAUC